AUGAGGCUUUUAAGAUUUUUACUCCGUUACUUUCCACCAGGUAUAGCCUUGGAAUACAGACAAGGUGGCGACGUUAAAACUAAGAUGAUCGACUUGUUGGAUCUGUCCCUUGAAACUGACAUAAGAGCACUGGCAGAGAGCAUAAAAGCAAGUGAGCCAGUAAUAACCGAAAGUGUAAUGGACCAAUUAGUGGAAACAUUGGAGAAAUUACAGGCCAAAGUGUGCAACGCAGACGUGAAGCGUUAUUAUAAACAUAAGACCCUUAGAACACAUCUUCUACCUUUAACUAACAUAGCGUUCGAUAAAUUAGGUAAAAGAUGCUUGACAGGAAGUUACGACAGAACUUGUAAAGUUUGGGACAUUGACACUGGAGAAGAGUUACUUACUCUCGAAGGCCAUAAAAACGUUGUCUAUGCCGUUUCCUUUAACAACCCGAUAUCAGACAAAAUAGUAACCGGAUCUUUUGAUAAAACAGCAAACGUUUGGUGUUCAACUACUGGUCAUUGUUUGCUUACAUUGUGGGGUCACAACGGUGAAGUUGUAGUAGCCAAAUUUUCACCGACUCAAAACAAAUUGGCUACGGGUUCUUUGGAUUCAACUUCAAGAAUAUUUAAUCUUGCUACAGGUCAAGAAUUAGGUUUGCUGAAGGGUCACACGGCAGAAAUAAUUGCCCUUCAUUACAACGAUGAUGGAAAUCAAAUGAUCACGGGUUCAUUCGAUGGUACAAUCAGCGUUUGGGAUACCAGAACUUUUACACGAGUAUCCGUAUUGAUCGGUCAUCGUUCGGAAUUAUCAAAUUGUCUUUACAAUUUCGAUUGUACACUGAUAGCAUCCUCUUCGAUGGAUAAAACAGCCAAAAUUUGGGACACCAGAAAAACUGCUUGUUGUCUUGCCACGUUAUUGGGACACGAUGACGAAGUUCUUGAUUUGACCUUUGAUAACACGGGCAAAAAAUUGGCAACAGCUAGUAGCGAUACUACAGCAAGAGUUUGGGAUACUAAUAAGGAUUUUAGACAAAUUUCGAUUAUGCAAGGUCAUCGAGAAGAAGUUUCGAAAGUUUGUUUCAGUCCAAGCGGUCAUCACCUUUUGACCUCUUCAUUGGACAAAACUGCACGUUUAUGGUCUUUAGAAUCCGGAUAUUGCGUGCAGAAACUCGAUGGUCACGUAGACGAUGUAUUUAGUUGCGCUUUUUCAUAUACAGGUGAUACAAUUGUAACAGCUAGCAAAGACAAUAGUUGUAUUAUUUGGAGAUGACUCGAUUG